GAAUAGGAAAGUUGCUGGGUGGUGACUAAAGUGAGCUAUUAACACCUACGUAACGCGACAUUUCAACAACUAUAUAGCCCCGGGUGGGGUUAACGUGUGGAUUUUGGAGUUGUGCAACUCCACUUACGAUUUAAGAGGAUACUCUCAGUUGUGUUUCACCAAUUCAACGAUAGCUAGCUGGCUAAUGGCUACUCCAACUGACAUUUCACUGACACAUGGAAACGUUAACGGUACACGUUGGGGCUGAACUGCACUCAGAGCAGAGGUUCGACAGGAAAUAACAUGCCCUCAAACCAGACAUGACAAGUGACAGUGGAAGGAUGAUCAACAUGAUGGAGGCACCGGGCAGAAACACCAACUUUUCAUAUGAGCAGGAAGUCCCCUCACCCAGCAUGUCCAUUGACAAGCUGCUACCGGCUCUCCUGCAGUGCUUUGGGAUAAUACUGUGUGGAUACAUCGCAGGGAGGGCAAACAUCAUCACCUCCACACAGGCCAAAGGAUUGGGGAAUUUUGUGUCCAAGUUUGCCCUCCCAGCUCUGCUGUUCAAGAACAUGGUGCUGUUGGACUUUGGGAAUGUCAUUUGGCCAUUUCUAUGGAGCAUCCUCAUUGCCAAAGUGUCUGUGUUUUUCCUUGUCUGCGUUCUCACGCUGAUAGUUGCCAGUCCUGAGAGCCGCUAUAGUAAAGCUGGGCUUUUCUCAAUAUUUGCCACCCAAAGCAAUGACUUUGCCCUGGGAUAUCCCAUUGUGGAGGCCCUUUACAAGAGCACAUACCCAGAGUACCUGCAGUACAUCUACCUGGUGGCACCGGUGUCCCUGAUUCUUCUAAACCCCAUUGGCUUUGCUUUCUGCGAGAUCCAGAAGUGGAAGAAUCAGGGAAACCACCAACAGAGAAAAAUCCUGAUCGUGGGGCUUGUAGUGUUGCAGGUCCUGAAGAACCCUAUCGUGUUCAUGGUUGUCAUCGGCAUCAUCGGCCAUUUUGCCCUGCAUCAGACAAUUCCUCCCUUCAUGGCUUCAUUUCUUGAUGGCUUGGCCAACUCUUUCGGGGGAGCAGCUCUGUUCUACUUGGGUCUGUCCAUGGUGGGACAGUUGGGGAAAUUAACCAGAUCCUCAGUCGUGACACUGAUUUUACUCACAACAGCGAAACUGUUGCUGAUGCCGCUGAUUUGUAAGGACAUGGUGGAUUUAUUGGACAAUACCAACACCAGCUCAUUGAACCACUCAAGCCUAUCCAAUUAUGCCUUUCUUUAUGGCGUGUUUCCCACUGCACCAAGUGUGGCCAUCUAUGCUGUUUAUUACAACGCAGAGCUAGAAGUUGUAACCUCUGGGAUGGUGAUCAGCACUUUUCUCUCAGCUCCAAUAAUGUAUGUUUCUGCCUGGUUACUUACGAUGCGCUGGAUGGAUCCUCAGCUUUUGAUGAAUUCACUGCUGAGUGUCAGCUUUAAUAUAAGCAUAGUGACCUUGGUUGCACUGGUUUGUACAAUUGCUGUCAUGUUUUUAAGUAAAAAAUUCAAGAAGCUACCUCACAUGUUUACAAUCAACCUUUUUUUGGCACAGCUCCUAACUUGUGUUGGGAUGAUUCUGUGGAACUUUAUGGUGAAAGAAGACAACUUCAUCGGGCAGGUCCUGACGUUCACAUUAAUAUGUACCUCCCUCUACAGUAGCUUUGUUUGGCCAAGUUUAAUAGCACUCUCUCUUGUGCUCAUGAAGAGUCAUGAGGAUGUGAAAGUCUUACCCGGCAUGUUCCUCAUUGCUGGCUGGGGUAUCCCAGUGUCAAUAACAGCUGUGUUGCUCAUUUCUGGGACAAAAGUGCCUGACACUAUUGACUCAGCUUUCUUUUAUGGCAAACCACAGAUAAUAUGCACCACGGUUGUGCUAGCUCUCAGUAUACUGCUGGGAGGGAGCUCUCUUAUAUGUCUCAGCAGAGGAAGCUGGGCCCACACUGAGGAAAACUCUGCAGAGGAUCUUGUAACUGAGGAUGAUCCAGAGAACCAGUCUCUGUUUGAGCCAACCGCCCCAUCAGGAGAUCCCAACGGAGCGUGCCUCCUGUGUGACUGCGCCCCACCCCAGCCCAUGCCUGACAUGAUCAGCACCACCAUCAACAACACAGCAACCACACUCACAGGUCAGUGUGAGAGCUGUUGUGAGUCCACAGACUGCCUGCUCCAAGUGGAGGAGCUCCAGCAGGUAGAAGAAAGACAAGUGGCCCGUCAUGUGCUCCUCUGUCUGCUUCUGACUGUUGGCUUGUUGGCUAACCUGUCCAGCUGCUUGUGGUUGCUCUUGAAUCCGGUUCCUGGUAGACUCUACUUGGAGCUGCUGUUCUUCUGUGCUGUGGCCAACUAUGGACAGGGUUUGCUCUCUUUUGCUCUCUUUGGGAUGGACAAGCAUUUGAUAAUACUGCCAUUUAAAAAGAGGUUACAUCGUCUGUUUUAUGGAAAGAAGCAAGAAGAGCAACCACAGACUAAUUUACCGGAGGAAAUCAGGAUGACCUGCUCCCAAUUCACCCAAUACCACAAGGACCAGUGUUGUCAUGACAUCGUCAAAAAGAGAAGGUGUGGGAAGCAGACUAUGGUGGAGAUUUUCCUUGGCUGUGACCUGGUGGAGUGGCUGCAGCAGGUGGGCUUGGCUCAGGAUCAGGGGGAGGCGGAGCUCUACGGGAAGCGCUUACAGCAGGGCGGGGUGCUCCAGCACAUCGGGCAGGAACACGGCUUCCAAGACAGUCACCUUUAUUACCGCUUCAUGACAUAAGAAACAAGGUCAACCUUUCUGUUCUGUUUUUAUUAAAGGAAAAUUGCAUUUUCAUUGAGGAAGAAAAUGUCUUCUUUGAUAGAUCUUAAGGUCAGGCCACAUGAAGAAGCAUACUGACUCUAGGAAGUACCAUAAUCUGACAUGCUGUGUGCACACCAUGCACAGUACAGUCCUUCCCAAUGCUGUUUUGUUCAGCACAACAUCCCUGUCGGGUGUUGGAACAGACCACACCUGAACGUGAUGAUGGGUGUGUUCAGAAGGGCAACAGACUUGAAACUUUAAAACUAAGUAAGGCCAGGUCAUCGCACUGUGCAGAGUUGGUCCUAAAGGGAUUUCUAACCAUAAAUGUCUUAUUUAUGUAGUUAAACAUUUAACAUUUCAAUCACCAGUAUACAUUUAGGGAUAUUGAGAUGCAGCAACAUUGCUUCAACGGUCAGUCAGGACAGACUCUGCAUCAUUUUAACUGCAAUGAAACUGGUGAUUAAAAUGAUUACAUUGAAAAUGACUGAGGGCCAUAAUUUCAUAUACAAAAUCAUAAGCAUGUCAUGCCAGUUAAAACAAGUAUUACCAAUUUUAAAGGAUAAAACUAGACGUUGCUGCUUUUUAUUGAAUUUGUUAUCAUUUCAAAUGCAAUGCAAAUACUUGGACUUUCCGUUGGAUUGUUUUUAUGUUGUGUCCUGUUUGGGAUUGACAAUGCAGGCAAGCAAGAAAUCCCAUUAUUCUGCUAAAUGUAUUAUUGUCUUCACUAGGGCACUUCAGAGUGUGUCAUCACUCUUUUACCAACGCCACUUGCCAAAAGAAAAAAGGAACAUGGUUAAAGCUGCCUCCUUUUUUUAAUAGAAUGUUUUUUAAUGUAUGGCUAAGUGAGUUUUACCAGAUAAUUACCUGGUUAUGAAGCUUGAGAGUAUUGUAUCUUUGAUAACCUGUAGUUUAAUAGGACUUGGUUCUGAUGUAAAACAGUUUAGCAGAGCUAGUAUCCUAACAUUUCAACAAACAACCUGCCAGUUCCUGCAUGUUCCAAAUUUGAAUGACAAUGUUGAAAUUAAGAAUUGUUUUUCUGAAAAUGACAAAAUAAGCAACCUUCCUCUUUACAUUAAAAAAGUUAUAAUUUGUGUGAAAUGAGUGUCAUAAUCCAGACAAUGUUAAUGUGUUUACUCGCAAGUGUGCACAUUGACUUUGAGACUUGGGAUGUUACAAGCUGCUGGAAAUCAUUUUUUUUCUCUCAGGUAUACAUAAUUUAAAACACUGCUAAAAUAUAGUUUUGUUGCUUUUUAAAAAGCAAAACGUUUUACAUUUAUGAUGCACUAGAGGUGUAAAAUGUAUUUUUGAUAAGAAAAACACUUUAAUAUACUAGGUGUGUAUUAAUGAUGUGUUUUAAAAAUAAAUGUUAUGCCCAAACCCUCAA